AUGUCGCUCGAAGACUACGACGACCUCGACUUUGACGACCCGCGCUUCCUCCAGCUCGCCGCCACUCAAGCACCUCCCGCCGAGCUCUCGUACGCCCAGAAGCGCAAGCGUGCCCUCAUCCGCUCCGAGGACAAAGGCCGCACCAAGAGCCGCAAGCAGCACGAGGACGACACGCGCGCACAAGGACUCGCCACCAACCUCAUCUACCAGGCUCAGCAGGACGGCCACGACUCGAAAGCCCUCCACAUGAUGAAGUCGAUGGGCUACAAGCCGGGCGACGCGCUCGGCCGUCAAGCUGGCGACGAGCCGGCACCUUCGACCUCGACCUCGACCUCCAGCUCGGCGGGCCCGAGUGCCGCCGGGCCCUCUCGCGGCGGGCUCGGCUUUGCGCGAGCAUCCUUCGCACCUGUCGGCGGGGCUGCGAGUGUUGGAGCCGAGAGCUCACCGGCGCCCGCACCCGCACCUCAAGCCCGGACCGAGCCGAUCCGCUUCGAAAUGCGAGCAGCUCGCACCGGUCUCGGCGUCCCGCAAGCCUCGCGCCUCAAGCCCUACCUCUCGAUCCCGUCCUCGUCCAGCGGCGGUACCUCGACCGCCACCAACGCCGACCCGUCAACCCUGCCCGACCUCGCCGGGUACCUGUCGCACCUCAAGUCGUCGGUCGACGUGCGUCGCGCACACGGCAUCCUGCGUGCCCUGCGCCGCACGUGCGAGGAGCUCGACCGCCGCGCGGGCGAGACCGAGAGCUACAUGUGGCGCGACCCGGACGAGGAGGAGCGCGAGGCCGACAAGAAGCGGCGCAGGAAGGUGUUUGACCGCAUCGACCAGGAGUUGGAGAGUGACGAGGAGAAGGGGGCCGUGUUCGGCGAGUCGAAGAGCGGGACCGAGGGCAGGGGCGAGCUCGCUUACGAGCGAGGGACGAGCGGCGUCGUCGUCGAGCUCGAGGGGGACGACGACGACGACGACGACGAGCAGGAGAAGGAGCGGGCUGAAGAAGCCGAGGAGAAGGUCGCUCGCGAGCGAAGAACCGCCGCGCAGGCCAAGCAGGACGAGGAGGACGAGGCGGCCGAGUGGUUCGAGAUGGAUGUCCGCUCUCGCCUCGCGCUCAUGCUCACGUACCUGCGCAACAAGUACCACUACUGCUUCUGGUGCGGGACGCAGUACAACGACGAGAAGGACCUCGAGGAGAACUGCCCGGGCACGGAGGAGGACGACCACUGAGUUUGUGCAACUCGAGCGGAUUCUCUCGCC